UGUGGAUUGGCAAAUCAAAGUGGGCAGGGAUUUAAGGGAGGAGGAAAAGAACACAAAGUAAACUGACUGGAAAGGCAGGUUGCAUCUUAGAAACCAAAGGUCUUGCUAAAUGUGAAGAACAGGUCUGGGAGGAAUAGGGGAGUGAGAUAGGCAAGUCAUCUGUGGCCAGAAAGAAUUCUAGAACUCAGAAGACCUAUGAAGACUGCUCCCUUCUGAAUAAAAGUAUAUUUAUCUUAGUGGGUUGCUGAAAUGAAGGUGGGAAUCACAAUUCUUUCUUAGAUUAGCAAUGAAGGUGGUGCCUUAGUUUGGAAAAUCAGUUUCCUAUGGAUGGGGGAAAAAAACAACCUAAAAUUCCUCUAAGAGGCUGGAAACUAAGAGGGGUGUAAUAGCCCCUCUUACCGGGACAGAAUACUCUAAUAACUUACCUUUUCCACGUUAAAAAGAACUUAAAGGAGGAAAUCUUAAAAACCAAGAAAAGGGGGGCGGGGAAAGCAGCAGCCUCUCGAGACUAGGUUUCAGGCUAGAUAAGAAAUAAGGAUUCUUAGAAGGUAGCGCAGUGAAACCAGACCAGAUUCGUCACCUGCUGGCAGAAGCAAAAGUGAAACUCAGAUCCACCUGGAAGGAUAUCAGCACCUUGAUAUCAGAAGUCAGAAGCAACCUUGAGCUGCUAUUCACCUAGAGGGCGGAGUGAGAACUCCGAGUAUACGUAGCUGAAAUCUGAAGCCAGGUACCCGAAUCCGGAAAAAAAAUUUUUUUUUUUUUUGGAGCCCGAGGGUGAGGUGCAGCUUGUUACCUAGGUAGAAGGUGGAACCAGGGAGAGGGUUCACCUCACCUGGGCUGAAACGGUACUGAAAGUGCGUGGACACCUGGCCCCAGUGGAGGGGUAAGAGAUCAGCAGCCAGACUCCCCGGAGGUAGGGAGAGGGGAGGAAGGGGUCGCCCUGGUUCUCGGUUCCGGGGCUUGGAUUUCAGCCUGUUCGAAGACGUCCGCCCGUGUGGGACUAGCCGCCGCCAUGGCCUGGAGUGCGACGUCGCCCGGGGCCAACCAGCCAGAUAACACAGCCUUCACGCAGCAGCGCCUGCCAGCCUGGCAGCCGCUGCUGUCGGCCGGCAUCACCCUGCCGCUCUUUUUCUGCGUGGGCUUGGCCUUCAUCGGCUUGGGCCUAGGCCUCUACUACUCCUCCAAUGGCAUUAAGGAGAUAGAGUACGACUAUACGGGCGAGCCAGGAAUCGGCAACUGCACUGCCUGCGCCAGGGUCGGGGAGCGAGUAGCCCCACCCCACCCCAACUGCACCUGCCAGUGGUGUUUCUCGCUGCCCGAGCUCUUCCAGGGCCCCGUGUUCCUCUACUAUGAAUUAUCUAACUUUUACCAGAAUAACCGCCGCUACGUGGUCUCGCGAGACGAUGAGCAGCUCAGUGGGCUGGCGAGUGCACUGCGUCACCCUGCCAACGAGUGCGCGCCCUACCAGCGCACUCCCACCGGCCUGCCCAUCGCGCCGUGCGGCGCCAUAGCCAACAGCCUCUUCAACGACUCAUUCAAGCUGCUGUACCAGCGCCAGCCCAAUGGCCCCUACGAUGAGGUGCCGUUGGACCGCACCGGCAUUGCCUGGUGGACAGACUACCACGUCAAGUUCCACAACCCGGCACCCAUCAACGGCAGCCUGAAGCUGGCCUUCCAUGGCACAGCCAAACCGCCCAACUGGCCUCGUCCAGUCUAUGAUCUAAGCCCGGAUCCCAACAACACAGGCUUCGUGAACCAGGACUUCGUGGUGUGGAUGCGCACGGCUGCGCUGCCCACGUUCCGCAAACUGUACGCCCGCAUCCGCCACGUCAACUACUCGGCUGGGCUGCCACGUGGGACUUACUGCGUGAACAUCACCUACAACUAUCCGGUCCUUGCCUUCGGGGGCCAGAAGCGCAUCAUCUUCAGCAGCAUCUCGUGGAUGGGGGGCAAGAAUCCCUUCCUGGGCAUCGCCUACCUGACUUUUGGUUCCCUCUGCAUCAUCACUGGCUUUGUCAUGCUCAUCGUGUACAUCCGGUAUCAGGAUGAGAAUGGUGACGGAGAUGAAGACGAGUGACCCAAGUUGAGCAGCUAUUGGUAGCUGCUCUCUGCAGCUCCCUUCCACCCCCAUCCCAUUUCUUACCUAGACGUCUUCUUGCAAACGUUUUGAGCAAUUUUUAAAUCUUAAACACUUCCUUCUCUACCAUAACUUAUUUGUGAAUUGCCUCCAGCAAAAUUCACAAUUCCUUAUAUUUGUUUUCUAAUCAAAAUCCCUAAUUUCUUAACAAUUCCUUUUGUCUGGAGAUGGUUGGUUAAAGUCUAGGGAAAUUUCCCCCUCCACUACUUUCAGGAUUUGGAAGUUGGUUAGAUCUUACUAGAUUUUUUGAGCAACUUUAAAUACUUUUUUUCCUCCACCUCACCCUGUCCCAUUCCCCAUGUAACCCAAUUCUGAAUACUCCAGGUGGAACUGAUUUGUUGAAGGCCAGGAAGAUUACCCUAUCUCUUUCCCCAGGAUUAGAGGUUGAUGGAGUUUUAAGCUACCUUUUCCCUACCUUUCCUCUUCCAUCCCGUGUCCCUUGCAAUUCAAUUCCUAAUUGUUCCAGUGGAACUGUUUGGAGAAUAGAUCUGAUAAUCAGGCAAAUUUACCCUCCACCUCUUUCAAAGAAAUUGAUCAAAUGUUUUUUUUUUUUUUAGUUUUUUUGUGUGUUUGUUUUUGCGUUGCUAAUCUGCUUGACACCUACUUUCCAUCAUCCAUCCCUCCCUCUGCAUUUAGUUCAGUUCCUAAUUGUUGCUGGGGAGCUGAUUGGAUGGUGGGCCUGAAGUUCGAAGACAUUUCCCCUUCCCCUUUUUCAUGUUUUGGGAAAUCGAACUGAUUUACCAGCCUUUUGGGACUUGCCCACCUCUUUUCUUCUCCCACUCCAUCCCAAUUCCCUCUCUUGCUGUGAGCUUUCUAUAGUAUGCAAUCCCAUUUCUAAUUGUCCCUCUGGGAGAUUGACCUGAAUUUCAGAUAAAUUUACCCCUCCCCUUUUAUUUAGAUAGUCAGGUUCCUGAAUCAUUGCUGCAGAUUAUGUUGAGCAUAAAAUUGUAGAUUUUAAGCAGUCAGAUUUUUAUGAAUUCCCUAAUUUUACAGUUGAAUUAAUGGAGGCCCAAGGAGAGAUGGCUUGCUUAAGGUUGUACACUGAGUACUGGCAAAACUGGAACACAAAUGAUUUCCUAUGGAAAUAUUUAUCCCAUUUUUUUCCUUCCUAUAGUUUAUUGUGGUGAAGGCAUGAUUGACAUGCCUUUUUUUUUUUUCAAAAUUAAUUGGAACCUAGAUUAUUUUUGUAAAUGUAUCUGCAAGAGGAUAUUCAUACUAAUUCACUUAGUAUUUGAGUACAGGACAUUUUACUACUACUAAUAGCUAAUUGAAAUGGUAUUGCAUUCUGCAGACUGUUUUGUAUAUAUUAUUCAAUUGAGCCCUGAACCUAUGAGAUAGGUGAAACAGGUAAUAUCUUCAUUUUACAAAUGAGUGAGCAUAGAUUAAAAAAGACUGAAUUUCCUGUUCAUAGUCAAAUAACUUCAGAAGAGUCAAACAGGAUUCUAAAUUAGGUCUUGACUUCCAAAUCCAGCUCUCUAACCACUCUACAAGGCUUAUUCUUGGCCAGACUUUUUCGUUCUCUGUUGAAGUAACUUGCCUUGUUAUAUUUGAGAACCUGUAUUCCAGCUACAUAGGCUAUAUAUACUCUUCUAUAAAUAAAAAUAUCCUUGAUUUUCUAUUAAUCUUUGUAGACCAAAUAACUUCCAGAAAGGUCAAACAAUUCCAUUCAGGGGAAAGGACUUCAGGGUAAACUAAGAACACAAAGUCAAACUGUUAAUUUUUUUGUUGUAAUGCUGUAACAGAAACUUCAUUUGUUGAUCCUGUGUUUGGCAUUUCUCCCAAUAAGAAGCAUUUGUUUUCCUAGACAAUCAAUAGGUUUCAGGCAAGAUUCUUUUUUCUACUUUCUCAUAGGAACUUUUCAUCUCAUUCUUUUGUAGACCUUAAUGAGAAGUGCCUGAAUGCUUAGUUUUUCUAAAGACCCCAGAAGCAACCUAUCUUCCAGUUAUGUUCUCAAAUAGAGGCUACAUGUUUCUAGAAAUCAUCUUCUAAAUUAAUGCUGUGGGCUGAGGAAAAUGUUACAUCCUGAAAUUUGAAUAACUUUUUCAAGCUUUGUUUAAAUUCUGGACUGAAUAUUUUUUGUGAUCAUUCAAGUGAUUCUGAAAAAUUCUCUUAAUUAUAUUGUCUUUGAGUUUCAUUGGGAUUUUAAACAACUGUUCAGUCUCCAUACUAUCUAUUUUAUUAUGGUGAUUGUAUGCAUUAAUAUAUACAGAAUUUUUAUUAAUUUAAAAUUCUUUACAUGUAAGUAAUAAAUACUUAAGAUCUUACUGUUUCAGGUACUAUUUUAGGAGCUGGAGAGUUACAUACUAAUAGAAUUUUUGAGGUGAAAGAGACUUUAUAAUUUCUACAAGCCCCUUAUUUUCCAAACUGAAAAGUGAAAUGACUUGUCCCAAGUUUCAACUAGAUCUUUAAGAUCUCUUUCAUCUCCUAAGAUUCUAUAAGUCAAUUCUACAAGCCUGGUGGUAGAGCUGGACCUGAAUAUCAUGAUUUAAAAAAAGAAUAUUAAUAAGCUGGAUAAUGUCCAGAGGAAGGUAACCAGAAUGGUGAAGGAUCCUGAGACCCUGUCAUGUGAGGAUCAGAUGAGGAAAAGAGGACACAAACUGGAGAAGAGAAGACCAAAAACAUGGUAAUAAUCUUGAAGUAUUUGAAGGACUAUUGUGGAAUAGGGACUAAAGUUUCUCAAAAUUGGUCAUAAACUUUGAACAAUAGAAAGCUAUAAGGAGGUAAAUUUGUUCAAUGUCAGGGAAAAGCUUCAGAACAAAGCUUUCUAAAACUGGAAUGGUUUGCCUGAAGAGGUAGUAGGUUACCCAUCCUUAGAAAUCUUUUUUAAGAGCCUGAGCAAUCUUGUUCUCUUGUUGGGUGUGUUAUAGUUGGCAUUCCUUUUAUGUAUGAUUUAGAUUAGAUGGCUUCCAAGGUCCCUCCCAACUCUCAAAUUCUAUAAUUCUGUUAUUCUUUCCACCAUUGCACACUGGUCUUGGGAUCAUGUUUCUGAACAUGGCAAUUGAGUGGAUUCUGAAUUACCAAAGACAUUUUUCAUUAUAUUCAGUAUAGUACCUUCUUUUUUGAAAAAUUGAAAGGCAGGAUGGUGUGGUGGAUAAAGAACUAACCUUGAAAAUUGAUUUGGAUUCAAGUCCUGCCUCUGACUUACUUGACCAUUUGAUUCUCAGCAAGUCAUAAUUUUUCAGUGCACCACUCACCUCCUGAAGAUUAUAAAUUAUAGAACAAUUGUUGAUUUGAUUGCUAAAGGAAAUUUCAUCAAAUGUUUCCUUGAUCAGUGAAAGCACAGGUGUGAACCAAAGUGAAAAAUAUUAAACAAUGUAAUUUUUUAUUAGCUUCACUCAGGUGUUUUAUGCAGCCAAUUCCUUGAACUUAGUUAAUAGAAUUUACUGUACGUGUUUUUGUAUAUUGGGGAGCUAAAAUUUAUUUCAAUCUUUCUUAUAUAUUAUUGCAUCAGUCUAUAUAUUUAAAAACUAAUCAAUGUAAUUUUUUCUUAACAUUUUAAGGAAGAUUCAGUUUCUAUGUUAAUUUGAUUACUGAGAAUAAAAAAUCACGUUUGUCUUCA